AUGACCAGAGACAUAGAAGAGGAGCUGAGUGAGACUGAUAAGGAUGAGCCAAGUGAUGAGACUGCCGUAGAAGAGAGAUGUGAAGCUGAGGAUACUGAAGAGAACCAGAACCAGAGUGAGACACCAUGUGAGCCAACCAGUGUGUGGAGUGGACCAACUACUAGAUCAAGGCUGAGAGCACAAGAGGAAAGGCUCCAGGAGAUAGCCAAAAUCGUGGGAACAAUGAGUGAAGAGAGACGAGAUGGAAAGCAACCAGAGGGUUCAGGAGAACCGGCUGUCCAGCAAAUCAACCUCAACCAAGUUCAAUUUGAGGCUAUGAUGGCUGAGAUAACCAGAAGAAUGCAAAAUACUAACAACCUCGCUCAACAAGCUAAUGAAAACUUACCUGGUGUUAAUGCAGGGCAAGAGAGGGACGCGGUUGCUGCUGGAGCUCAGAGAGCACGCAUUGGACCUAUAAGAGGGCCACGAGUUGAGAUUGGGGGUCGUGGGGUUUAUGGAGAACAUUAUCAAGAAGAUUCAGCUGAUGAAAGUGAUGAUGGAUCUCAGGCUAGUCAGCAUGGUAGAAACUACAACCGCAGGCGACCAGCUACUGAUAACCUAGGCAAUCUCAAGCUUAGAAUCCCUCCAUUCCAUGGGAAGAAUGAUCCUGAUGCUUACUUAGAGUGGGAGAAGAAGAUUGAACUGGUUUUCAAUUGCCAGCAGCUCACUGAGGAGAGAAAAGUGAGACUAGCAGCUACUGAAUUCUGUGGAUAUGCUAUUAGCUGGUGGGAUCAGAUUGCUACUACCAGGAGACGCAAUGGAGAGCCUCAAGUAGCUUCCUGGUUUGAGAUGAAAACUGUGAUGAAGAAGAGAUUUGUUCCUAAUCACUAUGGAAGAGAUCUACACCAGAAGUUGAGAAGGCUUUCUCAAGGGUCUAAGAGUGUAGAGGACUAUCACCAGGGGAUGGAAACACUCAUGUUAAAAGCUGAUUUAGAAGAAGGUGUAGAAGCUACUAUGGCUAGAUUCCAAGGAGGUCUUAACAGAGAUAUACAAGAUAGGUUGGAGCUACAAGAGUAUGAGGACAUGGAUGAACUGCUACAUAAGGCUAUUUUGAUUGAGCAGCAGAACAAGAGGAAGAGCUCUACCCGGUCUUCAUAUACUCCUGCUCCAAAACCGGCCUACUCCAAGGAAGAUAAGCCAUGGGAUAAGUCCAAGGACGGUUCUUCUUCAGCAGAGACCAAGAGAGAUGACAAGGGUAAAGGAGUAGCCACAUCUACUAAGACCAGGAACAUUAAGUGUUACAAGUGUCAUGGCUUUGGUCACUAUGCUAAUGAGUGCGCCAACAAGAAAGUGAUGACUAUCAUAGCCAACGGGGAGGUGAUAUCUGAAGAGGAGGACGCCGGCCAAGAGUCAGAUGAGGAAGGCGUGGAGUACCCUGUCCAUGGAGAGCUACUAGUCACCAAGAGACUUCUCAAUGCUCAACCUAAAGCCAAAGAAGAUGAGCAAAGGGAAAACUUGUUCCACACCAGAUGCUUGGUUCAAGAAAAGGUUUGUAGCUUGAUCAUUGAUGGAGGAAGCUGUACUAAUGUAGCAAGUGCUGAGUUGGUAGAAAAAUUGGGUCUUCAAGUGUUUAAGCAUCCUAAACCAUAUCUCUUACAAUGGAUCAAUGAUGAGGGUGGAUUAAAGAUCACCGAGCAAGUGAAGGUCUUGCUAUCAGUGGGAAAGUACCAGGAUGAGAUCACUUGUGAUAUAGCACCCCUUGAAGCUAGCCACAUCCUUCUUGGACGUCCAUGGCAGUAUGAUAAGAGAUCAGUACAUGAUGGCUUUACCAACAGAUACACUUUUAUCCUUAAGGAGAAACAAGUUACCCUGGCGCCAAUGACCCCUCAGGAGGUACACCGGGAUCAGAUGCAUCUCAAAAUGAAGAGAGGAGAGUCCAAGACCGCCAGCAAGUCCUUGCUUCUUGAAGAGACCAGCCAGGUAAGUAAACUCAACCUCUUUGCUACUGCUAAAGAUAUCAAAACUGCUGUGAUUGAACAAUCAAAUUUGAUACUAGUGGUUUAUAAAGAAUUGUUGAGCUCUACUACUAACCCUGCUCCUGAGAUUCCAGAGGAGAUUGAGUGCCUUUUGCAGGAGUAUAGAGAUGUGUUCCCAGAGGACAAUCCAAUAGCAUACAGGACCAACCCUGUGGAGACCAAGGAGCUUCAGAAACAAGUCAAUGAGCUAAUGAAGAAGGGACAUAUGAGGGAGAGUAUGAGUCCUUGUGCUGUACCUGUCCUCUUGGGCAUACAGGUUGAUGAGGAAAAGGUGAAAGCUAUCAGGGAGUGGCCGAUUCCUAAGUCUAUUGGAGAGGUCAGAAGUUUUCAUGGACUUGCUGGCUUCUACAGGAGGUUUGUGAGAGAUUUCAGUACGGUUGCAGCACCACUGACUGAAGUAAUCAAAAAGAGUGUAGGUUUCACUUGGGGACCAACCCAAGAAGAGGCAAUUCAAAUGCUAAAAGAGAAGUUAACAAGUGCUCCCUUACUUGCACUUCCUGACUUUUCUAAAACUUUUGAAAUUGAAUGUGAUGCAUCUGGUAUUGGAAUUGGAGCUGUGUUGAUGCAGGAUAAGAAACCCAUAGCUUACUUCAGUGAGAAACUAGGAGGAGCCACCUUGAACUAUCCUACCUAUGACAAGGAGCUGUAUGCCUUGGUGAGAGCUUUACAAGUGUGGCAACAUUACUUGUGGCCUAAGGAGUUUGUGAUCCAUACAGAUCAUGAAUCCCUUAAACAUCUCAAAGGGCAACAGAAGCUGAACAAGAGACAUGCCAGGGAAGCUCACGCAGGAGGGCUGAUGGGACACUUUGGAGUCGCCAAAACACUCUCCACCUUGCAAGAGCACUUCUACUGGCCGAGUAUGAAGAAAGAAGUGGAGCGUGUGUGCUCAAGGUGUGUCGUGUGCAAACAAGCCAAGUCUAAGGUCCAACCAACAGGUUUGUAUACACCUCUCCCUAUUCCUACUGCACCAUGGAUUGAUAUCUCUAUGGACUUUGUCUUAGGAUUGCCUAGAACUAGGAAUGGAAAAGAUAGUAUCUUUGUGGUCAGGAAGAACAUUGAGGAGAGGACCAAGAUGUAUGAGAGACAGAAGAACAAGGGGCGCAAGGAGCUAGUACUUGAGCCGGGUGAUCUUGUGUGGAUUCACAUGCGGAAAGAGAGGUUUCCUGUUGAGAGGAAAUCAAAGUUGCUACCAAGGAAAGAUGGACCUUUCAGAGUGCUGAAGAGAAUCAACAACAAUGCCUACCAGAUCGAUCUUGAAGGGAAGUACACAAUCAGUUCUACUUUCAAUGUUUCUGACUUGGAUCCUUUUAUUGCAGAUAAUUUGGAUUUGAGGUCAAAUCCUUUUAAAGGAGGAGGGGAUGGUGUAGCCAUGACCAGAGACAUAGAAGAGGAGCUGAGUGAGACUGAUAAGGAUGAGCCAAGUGAUGAGACUGCCGUAGAAGAGAGAUGUGAAGCUGAGGAUACUGAAGAGAACCAGAACCAGAGUGAGACACCAUGUGAGCCAACCAGUGUGUGGAGUGGACCAACUACUAGAUCAAGGCUGAGAGCACAAGAGGAAAUGCUCCAGGAGAUAGCCAAAAUCCAAACCAUCCUUGGCGCCAAUCCACAGGCUCAGGGAGACGACCACAGUUCAAAGGAGAGCUAG